UAAAUUCUAUGAUUUCUCUCAGCAUUUUUAUAAGUUUGCUUCUACUAGCUAUUCGUGGUUAGAAUGCACAGUGUGCAUGAAAAAUGAAAGAAUGAGGCAGUACCUAUCAAGCUGAUACCAUUACAAUUACUUUGACUUCAGCCAGGGACCUUUAACCUAGAAUCGUAGCUGUUGUUUUGAAGUAUCUGCAUCAUCUGCAGUUUUGCUGUCUACUUUUUACAUCAUCCUAAGAUGGGGAGACAGAUUAAGAGAGUAGUAUGUGCUAUGUCUGGUGGCAUUGAUAGCAGUGUAGCAGCUCUGCUGCUGAAGCAAAAAGGUUAUGAAGUGCUGGGCUUCUUCAUGCGCAACUGGGACAUCCGGGAUGAGCAGGGUGUCUGCAAAGCUGACCAGGAUGCAGAGGAUGCAGCCUGGGUCUGCAAGAAGUUGCAGAUCCCAUUCCAGGAGGUCAACUUCGUCAAAGAGUACUGGAAUGAUGUAUUCAUUGAGAUGAUUCGCGACUACGAGUCGGGCAUCACGCCCAACCCGGACAUUCUCUGUAACCGGCACAUCAAGUUCACGGCUCUGCUGGAGCACGCGCGGCACACUGUGGGGGCUGACGCGCUGGCCACCGGACACUACGCGCGCACCUCGGCGGGGGAGUUCGCCACAGAAUACUCCGGCCAGCAGGUACGUUUACUGAAAGCCGUGGACCGCCUCAAGGACCAGACGUUCUUUCUGUCACAAGUUCCGCAGAAGGCUCUGCGCCGCACCAUAUUUCCUCUCGGCGAGUUUACAAAAGAUGUGGUCAAGAAGAUAGCGAGCAGCGCGGGCCUGGAGCGGAUAGCGGCCAGGAAAGAGUCGAUGGGGAUCUGCUUCAUCGGAAAACGGAACUUCAGCGAGUUUAUAGCUCAGUGUAAAACUGCGCAGUUGUACGUGGACCCGCGGCCCGGUAACUUCGUGGACCUGGAGACUCGGGAGGUGGUGGGACGCCAUAACGGAGUCCAUCAGUGGACCGUCGGCCAGCGCUGCAACAUCGCCGGGCUGGCGCGCGCCUACUUUGUCGCCGAGAAGCUCACCGAUUCCGGAGAUAUUCUGGUGGCUCCCGGCCACGACCACCCGGCUCUCUACUCGUCUACAGUGCACGCCGGCCAGCCGCACUGGAUCCACAGCCCACCCGAGGACUUCUACGGACGGGGAAUGCUCGAGUGCGAGUUCAAGUUCCAGCACACCGAGGCGCUAGUACCGUGUGUGGUGACCAGUCGUACCCACAACCCGUGGCACCGGUCACCCAGCAAGAACGACCUAACCGUGUCACUGGCGAACCCCCUGCGCGCCCUAACCCCGGGUCAGUUCGCCGUAUUUUACCGGGGCGACGAGUGCCUGGGCUCGGCCCGGAUCCUCCGGCCGGGGCCGUCCCAGUUCGACCUGGACGUGGACAGCUGCCGCACCAAGCGACGCGAGAGCUGACAAACCGGUGAGCUAGCCGCUGAUCUGUAGCGAAUGUCUGGGGGUGGUGCGUGGACCGGUGAGCCCUAUCGGCUACCUGGGACGGGGAGCUAAGAUUGUGAGUGGUGACCUAGCCAGGUGCCCAAGAUUGACAAGCUAAACACCAGGAGCGGUGUGUUCAGUGUUGGCCCUCAAAAGUCCGAUGCCUUGAAAUAUCGCGUCCAUAUGUGGAUGACAUUGAUAUGUAGGUAGUCACGGGGUACCGCCUGUUAGUCAAAACCGUUAGACCGCUAAGUCAUGAAGAUAAUAUCUGUUUCUGAAGCUGAUCAUGCUGCCGUCACGUGGAACAGGUCACGUGUAUUUAGACUACUUAGCAUUAUAUGUCUGAUGUCGUUUUGGAUUGUUGAACUCAAUGGAGCUUACGCAUUAGACGAUAGCCAUAUAGUUAUGCACAGCUUGUUUUAGAGCUUGUUAGCUGGAAUCUACGUUGUUUGGCGGCGUUCGGUUUGUUGUGCUCGCGCGUUCUUGUGACGUGACGGAUUCUAUGUUGUUGGUCGUAGGUGUUCGCCGUACUGGCCUAAUGGCAGCCUGCCCUGCGGCUGGGUGGGGCUGAUGUCUGUGGGGAGGGGUAAUAAUAACGCCCUUCCUAGUACCUAUGGCGUGUAUCGUGUGCAAUAGUGCUCGAGAAGCAGCGAGUACCGCCACUGUAACUCAGGCUCAGCCCAACGUGGAUCGGUGGCUCGCGUUCGAUAUUUGCUGGAGUUUGAGCCGUAUGUCAAACACAGGCCAAACCCAGCACCGGUGGCAUUACUGGCUUACCCAGCACAGUCCGCCCGCUGGCCUUACCCAGCACAGUCUGCCCGCUGGCCUUACCCGGCACUGUCCGCCCGCUGGCCCCACCCUCCCGCCCGCCGUGGCGCCCCGCCUGUGACCGUGAUCGCAGUAUUGACCUGCUCGCCGGCUCACGGUAGUCGUGGUCAUUGCCAUGGCACCGAGGCACCGGUUACGUCCCCCCCCCCCCCCCCCAGCCCGCCACCGACCGGACCACAGCAGGUAAUGGCUGGGCACGCUGGAAGCACUCGAGGCUCCAUAGAGUGCCUAGGGCGGUACUGAUUAGAAGCUGGAUGGUACUGGGGUUGCGCCAGGAGCUGCGGGUUUUCGGAAACUGCCAUCGGAUUUCGAUAGAGCUGUAGCCUGUGGAAGAUACAUGUUGUCAUCGAUUUUAAAUGUUAUCUAUGUCGCGGAUUGUUUUGUGUUACUGUUGUGUAGUUUGUCAGCACAGGAAUGAAAUGUUGUGGCAAUGUAACUAGGCUGUUGGUGCUAGAUGAGAUGUUUUAAAUACAGAAUGUUGACUACA